ACGCGGCGACGUUGCAGCGUUCCUAGAAGGCUUCCCAACAGCAUCCAUACACAGCGAUGUACCACUCCCAUCAUCGCUCAUCAGCAAACUGUCAUCACUGUGAUGGCAGCUUCCGCGGUCCGAAUAACGCCUUCAGCAACCAUUCCAGGUGCUGGAGAAAUUGAGCGGCUGGGCCGACUACAACCCCUACCAUCACUACUGCGACCGAACUGCCGCGCGAACGAACGCCUGUUUCUCUGGAAAGGGAUCAAUACCCCACCAUCACCCGUAAUCCAGUCCAACAUCCUCCAACACCUGGCCGAUGUAGCCUCGCGAGCAUCACUAAAAGAUGCCGGCAACUAUGGGGCAGGCCUUCGAAAAUUCCACCUUUUCUGUGAUAUCUUCUCUGUCACUGAAGGUGACCGCCUGCCAGCCUCCUUUGCCCUGCUACACUCCUUCGUCCUGUGGGCAGUUGCAGACCCGGACCCCUUAGAGCCAGUAUUCGCAGAUGGAACCCCGUUCGAGCCAGUCUCUGUCCAAGUGGGCCUAAAAUAUCUCUCCGCUAUCCGAGCUUGGCAUUUAGCACAAGGAUGGCCACCACCACUGUCCGACAGUGACAUGGACCGAAUACAGUGGUCGACGCGGGGCCUCGAGAGGAUCCAAGCCGGCCGUCGCUCACGUCCACCGAGACCGCCAGUGACACUCCAUAUGCUAGCAACUCUGCACCGUGUGUUAAAGUUAGAUAACCCUUUUGAAGCCUGCAUAUGGGCUGUUGCAGCAUGCGCUUUCUGGGGUUGCAUGCGCUUCGGCGAGGCGACAGUAAAAACAAGAACAGCCUUCUCCGAACGGCUUCACCUGAAGCGAAGUGAUGCUUUCUUUGGGUACGACUUGGAUAACAAGCCUUAUGCACGCCUGGACCUACCAUCUGCUAAGACAGCAAAACCAGGGGAAAUACAACAUGUUUUCCUUGCACCGCAAAAUUCUCUAUGUGCCCUGCAAGCAUUGCAGAACCUUUUCCGAGUAGUUCCAGCUACAAGCCGUGAUCCCCUGUUUUCCUGGCGUGACAAGCAAGGAGUCAUCAGACCAAUGGUCCGCGACGUAGCGCUAUCAUUCAUCAAUUCUAUCUUUCGCGCGUCAGGAUGGGGCACUACCUUCGGCCAUUCCUUUCGCAUUGGCGGUGCUUCUUUUUAUCUUUCCCAGAAGGUCGAUCCAGAGAUUGUCCGUCUCAUAGGAAGGUGGCGAUCACUCGCAUAUGAAACUUACAUCCGAGCCUUUGAACAGGUAAACUCACGACACACAGCCAACCUCGCUGGUAAUUAUGGUUACUAAAGCUGCUUCGACUGUUGGUUGGGCAAGCGCCAAGAUCAGCCGCGGGACGCCUCAGCAGCUGUGGGUUUGGGUAGGCGGCUUGACCUUGGCUGCGUCCAUGCUCAGCUAGCGCUGAACCCACCCAACCUUUCUAAUUGACUACACUUUGCGAAACGCGCGAAGACGAAGCUGGAUGAUUUUUCUUGAGGAGGCAGGGUAUAAACAUGUGGUUGGAAAUGAUAUGCCCAAAUUUGGAAAUGAAGAAAAUAAUUGUUUCUGUUAUCA